AUGACUGACAGGUGAUAAUGAUCGUUGACAUUUGGAUUAUUCAUUUUUGAAUAGUUUGAUUUUAAAUUUUAAUAUUUAUCAGUACUUAUAGUAUAAAGUCUAAGACCUUGGUGCCGCAGCUGAAAAGAAAGAGUAUACCAUAUUGUUGAAUAUUGAUAUAUCCAAGAUGCCUGUUAAGGAUCAUUUGGAAAUAUCUCAAGAUAAAAUAAAUGAUCUCAGGUCCAGAUUUUUAAAUGAUUUAUCUACCAAAAGUCCAGACGAGGUUGAUCCAAGAGAUGUGGAGAAGGUGAAAACAAGUGAUCGCUGGUUGCAGAGAUUCAUUUUACAUAAUGAAGGAAAUGUAGAAAUGGCCCUUAACAUGUUAUGGGUUUCUGUAAAAUGGAGGAAGGAUCAACAAGUUAAUGAUAUAAAUGAAAGUAAUGUCAAAAUGGAUUUAAUCUGUUCUGGAGCUUUUUUUACCCAUGGAGCUGAUAUUGAUGGUUGUAAAUUACUAGUUUUCAAAUGUAACAAACAUGUCAAAGGGGCUGUGGAUAUUAACCUACUGAAGAGGUGUAUCAUAUAUUGGUUCGAAAGGGUAGAGAGGAUGGUUAACGGAAACCAAAUAACCAUAUUUUUUGAUAUGGAAGGUUGUGGUCUUAGUAAUAUGGACAUGGAAGUGAUAAAGUAUCUUAUAGGGCUUUUUAAAGAAUACUAUCCAUAUUUUCUGAACUACAUACUCAUUUUUGAGAUGCCUUGGGUCCUAACAGCUGCCUUCAAAAUAGUUAAGAGUUGGUUGCCUGAAAAAGCUGUGGAAAAAAUCAAGUUUGUUAGUAAAAAGGAUUUAAAAACCUUUGUGCCUCCAGAACAUAUCUUGGAAAAGUGGGGUGGUCAGAAUACCUAUGUAUUCAGUUUUGUACCAGAGACAGUUCAGGAAGAAAAAGCCAGUGCGCCCAGCAACAAAAAG